AUGGGCAAGACACAGCGCAAAAUUGAGAAAUUCUUCUGGGGCGAGCCGCCCGAGGACCCCAAGGAGCGCAAGCUGCUGUUCAAGCUGGACCUUGUCAUUCUCUCCUACGUGUGUCUCUCGUACUGGGUCAACUACCUUGAAUUUCUAUGGCAAGGGGAUCCUCCAGCUCCCAAAAUUGCAGCAGCUGACCUCAACAGCCGCACGAACUUGUCCAACGCCUAUGUGACGGGAAUGAAGGAGGACGUCGGCUUCGUCGGAAACGACCUGACGCUCGUGAACUCAUGUUUCACGGCAGGCUACGUCGUAGGCCAGUGGCCUAGCGCGGUCAUUCUGGCAUCGGGCCGCAUCCCACCACGUGUCUGGUUCCCGUUCUGCGUGUUCGCGUGGGGACUUUGCACCUUGGGACUUGCAUUCGUUUCCAACCCCGGUCAGGUCAUGGGAAUCCGCUUCGUGAUGGCUCUUUUCGAGGCUAGCACGUUCUCAGGCUCGCACUACAUCCUUGGGUCAUGGUACAAGGACUCGGAGCUCGGCAAACGGACGGCAGUGUUUGUGACAGCCGCGCAGUUCGGUUCGUUCUUUUCGGGAGUAAUGCAAGGUUCUAUCCAGAAAACGAUGCACGGAAGGUCCGGUUUUGCUGGCUGGAAGUGGCUCUUCCUCAUCGACUUUGCGAUCACGGUCCCGGUCGCGCUGUACGGCUACUUCAUGUUCCCGGACACUCCGCACACCACCAAGGCCUUCUGGCUCAGUGAAGAAGAGCGACAGCUGUGUUUGAAGCGACUUCCGCCGACGGAACACUAUGUCAUCACUUGGCCCCGGUUCCGCGCCUCGUGCAUCAAGAUCGUCACCACGUGGCGCUUCUACCUCUUCAGCGCCCUGUUCAUGCUCAGCGCGACGUCGUUUGAGAAGGUUGGAGUGUACUCUGAGUGUCUGCUGUGGCUCAAGUCGAUUCAGUGGAACCCGGUUACGCUGAACUACCUCGGUCUGACGCCUAUUGCUUCCGCUAUUCUGGGCACGUACAUCCUGACUGUGUACUGCGACGCAACGGGACACCGCUUCUGGGCCAACGUGAUCAUGUACAUCAGCGUUCUGAUCAGCUCGAUCAUGAUCCUCGUGUGGGACAUCAGCACCGGCGCCAAAUUCUUUGCGUACAUCAUUGCAGGUGAGUUUGAGACUUGGAAGCUCAAGAAGACAGAGGAGGAGACGGGAGGAGAGAAUGGAAUCGGAUACGCAGGCCAAGCCUCCAACUUUGCGUGGGCGAACGCCUUGACGCGCGACGACGAGAUGCUCCGCUCCAUGACCCUCUUCAGCAUGAACCUGUUCUCCAACCUCUGGGCGCUGUGGUACGGCAUCGCGCUGUGGCCUGUCUCGCAGGCGCCCAAGUUCCGCAACGGCCAGAUCGCCACGAUCGCGACGGGCGGCGCUUCGGUGCUCAUCGCCGCCGCCAUCGUGUACUGCUCUCGCAGGUGGAAGCCCGACCUGCCCCAGGACCAUGUGGCGCACGUCGAGGACACGGAGAAGGGGUAUGGCGAGGACGUGUCGCAGGUCGACCAUGUCGACCAGGUCGAGUUUGACAAGCGUCCUUCCGUCUGA